GGAAAGUCUAGAAAUAGACCCACAUACAUACACUCAGUUGAUUUUCAACAAAGAUGUCAUGAUAACGUGAAAAGGAAAGUCUUAACAGUGCUGCAACUCCUGGACAUGCAUAUGGAAAAAAUAAACUUUGAUCUUUACUUCAUACCAUACACAAAAGUAACUCAAAGUGUAAAAGCUAAAACUCUAAAACUUCUAGAAUAAAACAUAGGAAUGACUAUGAGGUCACGGCAGAGAUUAACCCUAGGACACAAAAAAGCAAGAAUCAUAAAAGAGAAAAUGGAUGGGUUUGAUUUUAUCAAGUGAAAACAUUUACUCUUCUGGAUACCCAUGUGAAAAUGAAAAGGCAAGCCACAGAUGGGAGAAAAUAUUUGCAAAAUAUUUAUAUCUGAAAAAUGCAUAUAUCUGACGAAAAACAUGUGAAGAACUGUUACAACUCAAUAAUAGAAAGCCAAUUAAACAAAAUGGGCAAAUGAUUGAAGAAGACAUAUAAACACAUGAGAGCUAAGAGCCAUCAUUAAUCAUCAGGGAAAUGCAAAUUAAAGCAACAGUGAGCUACCACCGCCCACCCGCAGACACCAUGCCAAGUGCUGGUGGGAGCGUGCAUGGGAUCUCCAGCAUGGGAGACAGAUCGGCAGGUUAGAAAGGUAAAUACACACUUACCUUGACCCAGUCGUUCCAGUCCUAAGGAUCCACCCAAGAGAAAUUAAACGUCCACACAAAGACACGUAAAAAAAGUCCACAGCAGGUUUAUUUAUAGCCAUUAAAAUCCAGAAACAAUCCAGGCGUCCAUCAGCACCAAUUUUAUGUAAAUGAGCCAUACAGUAUAUACACUUUUGUGCCUGGCUCCUUCCACUUGAACUAAUGAUCCUUAGAUUCAUCUGCACUUCAUUCCUUUUAUGGCUGAAUGAUAAUUCCAUGGUGAGGGUGUACAACGUUGCUUUUACCCACCCACCUGCUGAUGUCAAAAUAUUUAGCCAGCUGCAUUUCAGACAGAUUGUAAUUAUGGUUACCAUGUUGCAUGUUAACAGAAAUUUGUUUAAAACUUUAACUACUGCAGGGUUUGUGCAGGUUAGUUUUCUCUGGUCACACUGGAAAUGUGACAGCUUAAGUCCUAACUCACACGGGCUGCUGAGUUUUGCAUUUGCCAGUGUCAGGAAAUGCACUUGCAGUGUGUGGCCCUGUGCUGUCUGUUGUUCCUUCUGCCUGUUCCUCCAUCAGAAGUCCUCUGCUCUGGCGUUGUCCUCAGUCAUGGCUUUCGAUGGUACUUUUAUCACCCAAGAUGACAUUGUUCCUGCAGUUUCCAUGACAAGAGCAGGGGGAAUACUAGAAAAUCAUAAGGCUGAGGGUCCCUGACUGGCCUGUGUUGGCCCCAGGGGUGUUUCACUGCCUAGGUGUUCUGUCUCUUGGUGAAAAUGCUUGAAUUGGGGUUUUCCUAGGACAGAGCAAGAUGGCAGAUGGACAAGUCCUGUCCAAGCUCAUGAGUAGAACCCCCUUCUGCUUCGUCCUUUCAGGAGGCAAUGAAUGGCUGAAAGCUUUGGAGGAAGGAGUAGUCCAUCUAGAUCCAGAUCCAGAUCCAGAUGGGCCUGGGACCAGGGAUCUGCGGUUUCUUAGCAGCCCCGCCCUGCCAGCUAAGCCCUGGGCCCCGCCUCUGGAUGUCUGCAGCUCCCAUCCCAGAGGGCCAGACCCUGUGUUCUGGACCAUGGCACUCCAGCGUGCCGUCCUCCUGGCGGGCCUCCUGGUGGAAGUUGCCAGCAAAUCCUCAGAAAGCGCGGGCCAGCAGCCUGAAUGUUGUGUGGACGUGGUGGAUGUCAACACCACCUGCAGGGGCACAAGCCUGUGUGGUCCAGGCUGCUACAGGCACCGGAACGAGAACGGGAGUGUCAGCUGCGUCCGCUGCAGGAACGGCACCUUCAGCUCCCAGUGCCGCAGCCGUCCCACGGCCACGCCCGCCAGGCCCACCUGGCCCGCAUCGCACCGAGGGGCCACGUCUCCAAGUGCGGGAGGAACGGUCGCUGGCUGGGGCGCACAGUUCCCGCUGAACAGGAGCACAGGAAUGCCCGGGCAGCCAAAUCUCGGUUCCAACGUAGCCAUGGCCACACCUCCUGCUUGUGUCUCAGGGUCAGAAAGCCACCUCCCCACAGGGAGCCCUCAGGUGGCAGCCUCCCUCUUCCUGGGGACGCUCUUCAUCAGCUCUGGCCUCAUCCUGUCCGUGGCUGGGUUCUUCUACCUGAAGCGCACCAGUAAACUCCCCAAGGUUUUCUACGGAAGAAACAAAGCCCCUGCCCUGCAGCCUGGCGAAGCCGUAAGUAACCUGGAAGGAUGGGCCGAGUGCCCCCUGUCGUGGGCCUCUGUGCUGGGGGCCGCCCGCUGUUCUCACUGUGCCUUUUCUCCUUUUCAAGGCUGCCAUGAUUCCCCCGCCACAGCCCUCAGGUAUGUCGGCCCUCAUUUCAGGGUGAACAUUGCAAAAUGAUCCUGCCCGUGGGAUCGGCCGCUCUCCAGCGACACUGCAGGGCUGGGCUCUGCGGGCCCCUGGCCCUGCAACUCUCAGGACAUGGGCCAGGUCCUCCCCCAGUCAACCACGGCUCUCCUUCCUUUUCCCUUUUAUUCCUUUCUAUUCCUGACAUGUUGAGUCUGUUGGGAGAGAACGAGAAUCCCCAGCACGGGGUCUGGGGCCACCCCUGAAGCUUCGCUUGGCCCUCACCAAGUCCCAGCUCUACCUGGGCGGUGGGUGUGGGGAGCAGGCUGGCCCAGGCAUAAGGCCUUCCCGUGGUCCCUCCUGAGUGGCUGGCACUGCAGUUUUGCUGGGUCGGGCGUGCCCCACCUCAGAUGAUUCCAGGAACAGGCGCCCGUAUCAGCCCUGUUCCAUAUGACACCCUGAGCACAGAGAGGUUAAGUGAGCCGUGGUUACACGGCUAUAGGCCUUGGAGCGGGAGCCUCCUGGCCUCCCCAGUCUGUGGUGUUGCCACUGUGCAGAGGUCUGGCCUGGGACAGGGGAGGAUGUUCCUCUUCUUUGGGGACAGAGAAGUUAUUGGCCAAGGCUAGAUCUGCUCUGUUCUGUAGAAUACCUGUCUCUGAUGUCUCUAAAGUGGUACCAUCUACAAGCAUCUUGAAUUUCCCUGCAUUAGUCUCCGAGGGCCACCGUAACAAAUGACCACAAACUGGGGGCUUGAAACAACAGAAAUGUAUUCUCUCACAGUCCAGGAGGCCAGAAGUCAGAAGUCAAGGUGGGGGCUGGGGGGCAGUCCCUCCAGAGUCUCUAGGGGAGGGUCCUUCCUGCCUCCUCCGGCCUCUGGUGGGCUUGUGACCACACCACCCCAGUCUCUGCCCCCAUCUUCACGUGGCUUCUCCCGGGUCUCCUCUGUCUGCCUCCCUCUUGAGAGGACGCUGGUCGUUGGAUUUAGGGCCCACCAGAUAAUCCAGGAGGAUCUCAUCUCAAGAUCCUUAAUCUCAUCUGCAAAUACCCUUUUUCCAAGUAAGGUCGCAUCUGCUGGCUCUGGGGCUUCAGACAUGGACUCAUUUGGGGGCCACCAUCCAGCCCUGCUGUGCAUCAUGGGACCUGUUGUCUCUGUGUCUCUUGAGAGCAAGGUCCUCACCCAGGCCAAGGUGCUUGGGGUGCAGGGGCACCGAGUGUCUGCAGUGAGUGGAGCAUUCAUCAGACACUCUCCACGCACAAGCUGGGGCUCAGUGGGAUCUCCUCCCCUGGGCUGCUCCACACCCCACUCCCAGGAGCUCUGGGGAGGGCUGGGACCUGGGGCCAUCCUGCCUGUCCCCGGCCCCACUCUGACCCUGCCUGUCUCUGACCCUGUUUCAGUGCGGAAGCCGCGCUAUGUCAGGCGUGAGCGGCCCUUGGACAGGGACACGGGCCCCACUGCCAUCUCCUCGGUGGAGGCCCGGGUCAGCAACGUCUGACCCGGGGACCCACCCACAACUCCGCACACCGCCUUGGAGAGAACCCAGCACACAAAGGACAGGCACUGCCCAGCAAGGCCUCAGGACAGGUCUGGACACGGCCCCUGACUCCGCGUGACUGUCUCCCAACAGGAGGUGCUGCCCGAGGGUGCUUCUUCCCUCCCCACAGGGGCUCAGUGUGAUGGACUGGGAGCCGCGUCCUUGAGCCAGGCUCGAGAGUGUAGCCAGGUGGGGUCUGGGCCCCUCGGGAAAGACCGCUCCCAGCGGCCAAGAGCCUACAGGGACCGCUGGGCUGCUCCAUGCCCCUCCGCCUUUCCGAGCCCACAGUGGGCAGACCUCCCCCCCCACCAGGCCAGUUGGCCUCCUGGCAUCCUCUCCGGGACGGUGUCCAGACAAGGGGAGGCGUGGCAUGAGCACUGGCCCCUCCGAGGGUGAGGGGCCCACAGGGCUGUCCUGUAGCCAAGACCCCCCACCCUCACUCCCCCAAGCCCAAGACCACACGUUUCCAGGAGCUGCAGAGGCGAGGUUCCUGGUUUCUUACUGACUUUUGUCAGUUUUAAGCAGAAAAGCUAGAGAGACACUGCUUUUCUCCUCUGUCACCUGCCCCUGACCCGCUCCCUAUGCUGGGUCCAGGUGCUGCAGGUUCUUGUCCACCCAAGGAACGGACACCGUCCUGAAGCUGUUGGAGAUCAGGGCCAUGUCCAUCCAGGAUCACAUUCACCUGUGACUCCUGCCUGGCUAGCCUGGUCUCCAUGGACUUAUGGAGGGCAGUGCAGGCCAGUGGUCCUGUCCCAACUGCCCCAGGCCUGGAGACGCAUUGCUGGCCCUGGCUGGUUACAGAUAGACAGGGGUUCCUGAGAGAAAGGAGCAUUCAUGGCCACCUCGCACGCACUGGGCUCAACACUGACCUUCCCAGGUUCUCAGUCGGGACUGGUAUCUCUCCUUCAGCGCCUGGUCCACAUCCCAGGGGCCCGAGGCAGGGCCUGCGUGCUCAGCUCCUGUGUCCCUUCCGCACCGUGAUGCCUGUCCCAAGCAUUCACAGUUUGCGGAUACUUGAACCCACAACUGGUCCAGCAGCUGAGAGGGGCGCACCAGCUUCAAAUCAGUGUCAAUAAACUAUUCAGGGCUUUCUUCCCCCAUC